GACAGCGACAGCGGGCUUCUCGGGCGGGGGAGGCGCCGUCUCGCGGUGCCGCCUCGCCCGCCUCGCGCGGCAUCAGCCCCGCCUCCUCCAACGGCAACCUCUCCGACCCCGCCCCCUCCGAGCACCCCUCCCUCUCGGCGGCUGCCGACGCCGCCGCAGCGCAGAGGCCGAGGGAGGGGGCGCGGGCCGAGCACCCGCCGACCGCUCUUCCGUUGGGGAUGCGGCAGCGCAGGGCGGCGGCGGCGGGAGGGAGGGGAGUGGUGCGAGGGCCCCGCCCCGCCUCGCCCGCCGCAGGCCUCGCCGCCAGCAGCGCCUCCCCGCCCCGCUCGGCCGCCUCUCCGGCGCAGCUGCCGGCGCUGCUGCCGCUCGGAGGAGGAGGCGCGGGGGAGGAGGAGGCGAUCGCGGCGACGAUGGCGGCCGCCAGCGCCGCCGCCGCGCGAGGGCCGCGCGCUCUCGUCGAGUACGUCGCGCUGCUGGACGCGCAGGGGAUGCUGUGACGAGCGGGCGGUCGAGCACGGUGUUAGUAUUAUAUCGGUGGAGGCGGGAGACGCGUUGUCCGUGUCUCUCGUCUUUUUCCUUGCUUUUGAGUCAGAGUCUUUUAAGCUC